AUGAACGAAAUUCAUGCAUCAAAGCCGAGCAGUCCGCGAACAUGCAAAAUCGUGGGCGUUUUCGGAUUACUGUCAAACGGUGCGGCCAUGCUGACCGUUAGAUACAAUCCAGUGCUGAGGAAUUCGUUCGGCUUGCUGUGCUUCUCCCACACUCUGGCUAAUUUUGGCGUACUUCUUGUGUUCACUCUCUGGGUGGCACCAAUGACCGUUAUGUGA